AUGACGACGACGACGACAAUGGAUGGUGUGGACUUGUGGGAUAUUGCGACAGACCUGCCCUUCUUGAUCGCCAAGGACGAUCAGCUCAGAGGCGAGCUCGCGUUCGUGUGCGACCUGCUGUCUACCGACAUCCCAGACACCACGUCCGAGGCGGCGACAGAGGGAGGUGGUACGACGACGGCCGACGAUUCCGACACCUCGGCGCCGACAACGGCACAGACAAAGCCCGCCACCAAGCGAAAGGUAUCCAGCGCUCCCCCGGGCGCACGUAACCAGUACCAGUUCCGGCAAAAGCAGGAGAUCCAGCUUCUGCAGACCCAAGUGGAGACGCUGCAAGACCAGAUGGCGUCCGCGCGCGCCUCCGCGGCCCAAAAGCCCGACUUGCCGAAAUGGGAACGAGCGGCUCGUGUGGAGCUGCAGGCGAAGCUUCGGUCCCUCGAUGAAAACGAGCAGUUGAAGGCUGACAUUGCCGUCCAGUCGACGUUUAUCGGUGAAAUGGAAAAGUACUUUCGCAAGAAACCUCGUUUGACGAUGGACACAGACGUGCAGUCGGACGAGUGGCAGUCGUACAAGCUGGCGGCGCAAGCGUCCCUUCGAUCCGCGGCGAUCCAUGCGAUCGCGGACCGGCAGUACCGGCGGUUGGACACGGCGUUCAUCAACGCCGGCUUGAUCGGCAUCACCACCAACCUAUUUCGAUACAAACCCAUUCGCCAGCCCAACCACAAAGUGCUCGUCGAGCUCGUGAAUCACGUGACGUUAGCGGCGCCGUUUCAUGCGGUGGGGCUCGCGGCAUGGCACACGUUUCACCUGCCUCACUUGUCCACCACGAGUUCGACCUCGAUUGAAGUAGUGGACCCCAACACCAUGUACGAGCAAUGCACGGAAACCAAGCAUGGCGUGAUAUGUCAUUCCAACACAAUCUGCAAACUGUACACUGAACCCAACAAGCGGGAUGUGAUUGUGUGGCGCACCGUGCUCGAAGACGACCUGGCGCCGCACAUGCUCCAAGGCGCCGUGGACGACCAGUGGGGAUGGAUUGUGUUGUCGCCCCUUGCAAACCCGAAUCACUGCCGCCUCACGCUGCUCCUGCAAGUGCUUGCUCACGCCAGCGACGAAGCGCCCCCCCAGUUCAAACUGGACGCCACGGUCGAUAGCAUCACCACUGGGCUCGAGCUCGUGUCGUGCUCUGCCACACCUGGGUCCUUCCCCGGUGAACGACAGGAGGUCACGGAAGGCCUGCCGCCCGCGCUGCUCACGUUCAUGGAGCGCGGCCGGCGGGUGGAACUCAGGCUGCGACGGGCAAUCGACCGCGCCAUUCGCGAUUUCAACCAUGGGGCCACCACCGCCAUUCCCUCGGAGACAACAUAA